GGGGCGGGCGGGAGGUGCCGCGUCAUGGCGGCCGGGAGCGGUGUCGGGGUCGGUGCUGGCAGCGCUCGGGCCUUCAGGCACAGAUGGGCUCCGAUCUGGCUGAUAAAAGAGUAAAGAAGAGGAGGAUCGAGAGAGAUAGCCUUUGGAAGCCGUGUGGAACAUGGGAGGGGGCCGCUGCUGGGAAUCCCUCAAGAGAAGAAGAAUAGUGACAUUAAGGGAAGGAAAGGACUGAGAGGCAGAGCUGGAGCUGGUGAAGAAGAGAGAUUUGCUUUGGGCAUUGCCAGGAGAAGGUCCCUGACAGGAUCAAGCAGAACCUGGUUAUUACAGGGCUCUUACACCUCUCGUGGCAGCUCUCCAGCACGAAGAGCAAACGUGCUGUGGGAGAAGCACUGUUGUGUAGUCCAGGCUCCCCAGCAAACACAUACUCCAGGAGCCCCCUGCCUUUAUUUACGCUCAGCACCCGUGGCACGGAGACAGAGCUCCGCUUGGAACUGAAGAUGCCGCUUUUCUUCCGGAAGAAGAAGCCCAGCGACGAUGCUCGGAAGCGCCUUGAAUACCAAAUGUGCCUGGCAAAAGAAGCUGGUGCUGAUGAUGUUCUUGACAUUUCCAAAUGUGAACUCUCAGAGGUUCCAUAUGGGGCCUUUGCAACCUGUAAAGUCUUGCAAAAAAAGGUGCUGAUUAUUCAUACAAAUAAUCUGACAUCUUUAGUUCCAAAGUCUUGCAGCCUCCUGAGUCUCAGAACUCUGAAGGUUCUAGACCUGCAUGACAACCAGCUGGCAUCGCUUCCUGCUGAUAUUGGUCAGCUGACAUCUCUUCAGGUCCUAAACCUUGAAAGGAAUAUUUUGAAAUGUCUUCCACAAUCAAUAGGAGACCUUGCCCAGCUCCAGAUGCUCAAUGUGAAAGGUAACAAGCUGCAGGAGCUGCCCGGAACGCUGAGCGGCUGGCGGAGCCUGCGUGUGCUGGACGUCAGCGGCAACGGGCUGCGGGAGCUGCCGCGGGGGCUGGCGCACGUCCGCACGCUGCAGGUGCUGACCUUGGAUGCUUCUUCCAUGACCUACCCAUCACCUGAUAUCUGCAGUGCAGGUACAGAGUCCAUUCAGCAGUUCCUCUGCAAAGAGUGUGGGAUUGCAUACUACCCUCCCUCCCAGUCCCCACUCCCUGCGCUGGAGAGUGAUGGAGGAGGAACAGCAGUGGAUGGGGUGGACAGGGCAGUGCAGAAGUACCUGGAGGAGGAGAGCGAGUGGCAGAACAAAUUCUUGGACUAUGAGAAGAGGAAGGAAAAAAAAAAGCAGGAGAAGCUGGAAUUUGAGCAACGGCUGAACAUGGGGCAAAGAGAACAUGCUCUGCUUGUUCAGCAGAUCAGCUGUCAGAAGGAUGAGAUACUGCAGACAGUGAGAGAGGACCAGAUGAGGCUGGAGGAGGGCCUGACGAAGCACCAGCGCUAUUUGGAGGAGGAGCGCCUGAAGCUGCUGCAGCAGUUGAAGGAAGCAGAGCAAAGCGUUACCAGCCGGAUCCAGAAGCUGCUAGAGGACAACCAGAGGCAAAAGCAAAGUUCAGAUAUUCUGAAAUCCUUGGAGAAUGAGAGAAUAAGGAUGGAGCAGCUGAUGGCAAUAACACAGGAGGAGACAGAGCAUCUACGCAGAAGGGAAGUGGCCUCUGCCAUGCAACAAAUGCUGGCUGAGAGCUACAAGAACAGGCUCAUCCAAAUGACCCACGAGUCUCGUCGGCAGGACCUCGUGAGCCAGGCCUGCUCCAGCCUAGCUGAAAUGGACCAGAAGUUCCAGCAAAUCCUGGCUUGGCAACAGCUGGAUCAGAACAAAGCUGUUAGUCAGAUCUUGCAGCAGAUUGAGAUGCAGAAAGCUGCCUUUGAAGCUCUCCAAGUGAAGAAGGACCUUAUGCACAGGCAGAUCAGGAACCAGAUUAAAUUAAUAGAAACAGAGUUAUUGCAGCUGACACAGCUGGAGUUAAAGAGGCAACAACUGGACACAGAGAUGCUGCAGGGGCUGAUCGCAGAGCAACGCCAGGCACUCGGGUACCUGCUGCAGCAGCUGCUCAAGGAGAAGAAGCAAAGGGAAGAGGAGCUGCAGCAAAUACUGCUGGAAAUGGAGGCAAAGAGUGAGACCAAACAGGAGAACUACUGGCUGAUCCAGUACCAGCGCCUGCUCGACCAGAAGCCCCUGUCCCUGAAGCUCCAGGAGGAGGGUCUGGAGCAGCAGCUGGUGAUGCUGUUGGUGGAGCUCUCUGCUGAGCGGUACCUGCCCCUCUUCACUCACCAUCGCAUCUCCCUGCAGGCACUGGCCACCAUGAGUGCCAGGGACCUGGAGAAGGUCGGCGUGGCAGAGGCAGGGCUGCAGCGAGCCAUCCUGGGGCGGGCUCAGGACAUCCUGGCUGUGGCCAAGACCAUCCCAGAGCUGCUGAGCACAGAGGACACCGAGGUCCCUGCAGCCCCAGAGCCCAGCGCACCCUUGGAGCAGCCCACGGCCCCCACGGCUCCUCUGCUGCAGCCGGAGUGUGUGGUGUGCAUGGAGCAGGAGACACAGAUGGUUUUCCUGCCCUGUGGCCACGUCUGCUGCUGCCAGAGCUGCUCUCAGAAGCUGCACACUUGUCCCCUGUGCCGCAGGGACAUCGCCCAGCGCAUCCGCAUCUUCCCCAGCCCUUAGGCACCCCAGGGCCCUCCCUGCAGGGAACUGGCCCUUCCCAGCACGGCCAGCACUGCCCUGUGCACAGCCCCAGCCUGCCUGCAGCUGCACCCAGCACUCCCUGUCCUCCACAGCCCCUGAUGGCUUCUCAGCCUCAGCCCUUCUCCAUCUGCAGCCUCUCCUCCAGCCCACCCGCUCAGAUCCCCUCUGGGUGCUGGCACAGGCCACCCCUGGGGCCUCUCCUCUCCCACUUAUGGAUUUGCUUUCAGCAUUGCCCCAAUUUGCUGCCCCUGGAGGCCCUGUGCCCAUGCAGCCCCCCAGCACACCGCUGUGCUCCUGCCACCAGCACACUGGCUGGGGGGUGGGUGGGUGAAUCCCCCGUGGGAGGAUGUAGCUGGGAGUCUGUGAUGCUCUGGGCUGCUCCCACAGCAAAGGUGUGGGGCUGCAGUCACAGGGAGUGGGUGCUGGGGCAGAGCAAGGAGCUCCCUCAUUCAUGCUCCUGUUGGAGAGUUGGCAACAGCCCCAGCUGCAGGACUGGAGGGACCCACUCUGGCCAGAGGAUCCCAGUGGGAUCCCUCACCCAGAACCCUGUGCUGGGAGCAGGAAGUGUUGGUGCUGGACAGCAGCAAGUGGGUGUGCU